AUGGUUGUUUCACCAAUUUGUGUGUACAAGUGUAGUGGGGGGGUUAACUUAAACGUGCCUGAUCAUGUCAUUUAUUUACACCGUUACGCCAAUCCUCGCCUUCUCCUUCUCCUGCACGAUUUGUCCCUUCCUCUAACCUCACUACAAAUAACCCCUCACGCCUUCCUACUUUUCUUCAUAUUCACCAUAAAUCAACGAAGAUCAGUGAAAAUGACGAAAGGAUCGAAAAAAACUUCCGGCUCCUCCGCCCCAAAACAGAUUGCUACUGUCGGGUACAUCUCGAGUCUCCCGGUGAAAACCACUGUAACGUUCAAAGGGGGGAAAGGAGGAGGCGAAGGGAGUUACGUGAACAAAUCCCGUGUAAGUUUCGCCGAUAAGCAGACGGGUUGCUACGGCCGAGCAACCACUAAGGAGAAGGCGUCGGCCGGAGAGUUUCAGUGGAAGAAUGGGACUAGUGGAACGAAGAGUGAGUAUAAGAAAAGUUCCACAGUCAGAAUUGGAGAUAAGAGUGGAUACACAGAGGUUUAUAAAGAACAGAGGGUUCGCAAUGUGAGUUACAACAACAAUAACAACAGCAAGAAGCUCAUAGCCUUUGACAAUGGCGAUGGUGGCGAGUAUGGUGGGUAUGGGUAUGAUUCUGACUACUAAUCUGGUGGUUUUUGUUUAUAGUUUGUGGGUGUUCUUGGUAGUUGGUUAAUGGUAUGGUUUAUGUAGGUAAUGAGUAAUGGGUGUGUUUUAGGUUUGUUUUUGCAAUGAUCAUCUUUUGUUUCUGGAUCUUUGUUUAUCAAUAUAUAUCUAUAUAAUGGUUGAAUUGUUUGUUUUUGUUCGAACGUC